CGAGUGGUCGACUAUCGAAUUCUCGAGGUUCUCCUCCUUUUCCGGGGAGACGUGCCACGAAUCUUUAGGUAAUAUUUUUCGUCUUUCAUUCUGAUCAUUAUACAUAAGAUCAUUCGCUUACAAAAAGUCGUGGUGCUUCUCAUUCAAGCGGGUAAAUCAUUUUGCCUCAUUGUACGUAAAUUUAUUACGCUCGCGGCACUCGUUUUGCUGAAAACUACUGUGAAAAUACAGUUUAGAAUCCUUGCCUUGUCUAACAGAAAACUGUGUCCUUUUUUAGUUACUGAUAUCGCCUUCGAGAGGCGCUUUUAUACUGUGCAUGACGUCAUUAACACUUUACAUAACCAUACAUCAAUUGACGCAUUUCAUUAAUUAUAAAUAGAAAUACGAUAAGUAUUUAGAACGUGUGACAUAGAAAUGGACAAUAUCCUGGGCUCUGCUUUAACUUUUUGUUGGUAAUAAUUUAAGUGCUCAUUGUUACGCAUGAAUCAAUUUCUUAUUAUCGAAUUACUGAACAAUGGUUUUUCAUUCAAAUGUUUGGCAUUGAACUAUAUAAACAGUCAAGUGAAUCUGGAGAAAUUGAAAUGUACGAUACUAAUAGUGAAGUUCGCAGCAUUUAUAAAAUCUUAAUUUUUUUUCGGAGUUGAUCAAAAACGGAAAUUCCUAAAACAGCUUUAUUAUAUGAAUAAUUCAUAUGUAGUCUACAAUUUAUCGCGGUCAUUCAAUAUUCAACUGUACCAAAAGAAAAAAAAAAUGAAAAAUCAAUCUUUCUCGGAAUGUACGUCAUGAAAUAUAUUCGCGUAACCAUGGUUUUCGCUAAUUGCGCAUGUAACGGUAUAUCGAAAUGUUCGCUCAACGCAUUCUGGGUAGAAUUUCCUGGAUUAAUCAAAAUGGCAGUCUUCUUUUCUCGGUGACGUUUUAAAGUAGAAUAAUCGCAAAUAAUUUGAUAAUAGUCGCGAUAUAACAUUACAACAGAAUAUAAAAGUGAACAUUUGUAGACAGGGUAGCUCAUACGUAAUGUGACGAUUAUUUUCGGGUGAAAGUUUUGUGUAGUGCGCGAUUUGACUUAUAGUAAUUUAGCAGCGUGAGAUACAGAGGAGGGUAUGUAACAUGCGCGUUGGUUAACUCGAGAGUUCGCUAUAGACGUAAUGGCCAAUAGUAGCCAAUAGUAGCAGCGGUAGAGGAUAUUACUGGCUAUGUGGUGAAGACGUAAAGGUGGCGCACGCGUUGCAUGACGGGACCUUGCCGAUGCUAGCGACGAAGGCGAUGGCGGCGGCGUUUGUGAGGAAGGUGGGGAUAGGUGAGGGAUGCGGCGGGGCUGUGAGGGGUUGGGUCGGGGAGGGCGAACGAACGAGACGAGUUCACAAAAUGGCGGCCAAGCUCGGGCCCAUGACCAUAUAGUACGUGAAAAUUCGAUAAUUUUGCACAAUGUCGCGACUCUGUAUAUCAAUGGUUGUUUAAUAUUACGAACACGUGCGCGGCUAGUUCUUUUAUUAUUGAAACUGCAUGCUCUAGUGCGGGGUUUGUGCGAAAUUCGGAGAUCGGAACGACGCGUAGACAGGAAUGAUGCAGAAGACAUUAGACUCGGAGUCUGCUAAAGAAUCUGGAUCCGAUUCUGACAAUGAGAGUAAGAGCGAUAGCUCUUCCUCUGGGAGUAAUUCUGGCUCCGGUUCUGGAUCGGACAGCGACUCUAGCUCCUCGAGUGGUUCCGGCUCGGCGUCGGGUUCUGAUUCGGAAAAGUCAGAGAAGUCAGAUGCACCUGCACAAAGUGAUAGCUUUCAGAGCAAAAGCUCGCAUCACAGCACAGAAGCUAAACUUAGGCAUAAAAGCGACUCUAGUCGUGAAUGGGACGAAAAUCCUGACAUAUAUGGCAUCAGGAGGUCCGUACGUUCUCGGAAGGAGCCAGAAAGGCUCACGACGCAACGUGAGAGCGAUAGCGAAGGUCGCAAGAAACUUAAGAAAAAGAGCUCGCAUAAUACAUGGAAUUCAGAUAGCUCAGAUUCGGAAUCGGAUGAUGCUGAGAAGAAACGGCCACCUCCUAGUAAACCGAUAAAUCGGCGUGCAGCACAGAAGGCAAAGGAAAAUGCACGAUCUCGUAAUAAACGCAUCUCAGAGUCAUCAGAAAAUUCAUCUUUCGACAGUGAUGACAACAGAAGACAAGUAUCAAGAAGGACAGGGACAGCUGUCAGUUAUAAAGAACAUAGCGAAGAGGGAACUGACAGCGAAGACAUUGUUGAAGUUGAUGAAGCUACAGCUACACCGGCAGAACCUGAUAAUGCUGAAACCAUCGAAAGGAUUUUGGCUCAGAGGAGAGGCAAGAAAGGAGUUACCGGAAACGUGACGACUGUUUAUGCUGUUGAAGAGAAUGGAGAUCCAAAUCCAAAAAAUUUGGAUGACGACGAAGCGGAAAUGCAGUACCUGAUCAAAUGGAAAGGAUGGUCACACAUACACAAUACGUGGGAAUCGGAGGAAUCCUUGAAGGCUCAGAAGGUUAAGGGGAUAAAAAAGCUGGAGAACUUCGUUAAACGCGAGAGGGAGAUAAAACAAUGGAGGGAUUACGCAGGCCCCGAAGAUAUAGAUUAUUUUGAAUGUCAACUAGAAUUACAACAGGACCUCUUAAAGAGCUAUAAUAACGUCGAAAGGAUUAUAGCCGAGUACAAUAAACCUGACUCAGAGCAUCCCGAUUACUAUUGUAAAUGGGAAAGUCUGCCGUAUGCAGACGCCACGUGGGAAGAUGGAGCGUUAAUAAUAAAAAAGUGGCCAGAGAAGAUAAAAGAAUUUCGUGAUAGGGAAGAUUCAAAAAGGACACCGAGCAAGCACUGUAAAGCUUUGAAAUAUAGGCCAAAGUUUCACCAGUUAAAAGGACAACCUGAAUAUAUGGGAAAAGGAAAAGAGUUAAUUCUCAGGGAUUACCAGAUGGAUGGACUCAAUUGGUUAAUUCAUUCUUGGUGUAAAGAGAACAGUGUUAUCUUGGCUGAUGAAAUGGGUUUGGGUAAAACGAUACAGACGAUAUGCUUCCUAUAUUAUCUAUUUCACACACAACAACUUUAUGGACCAUUUUUACUAGUUGUUCCGUUGUCAACAAUGACUUCUUGGCAACGAGAAAUGGCCCAAUGGGCACCCGACUUGAAUUUUGUCACCUAUUUAGGGGACGUUACGUCGCGGAAUAUUAUUCGAGAAUAUGAAUGGUGUUAUUCUUCAAAAAGAUUAAAAUUCAAUGCCAUCCUUACUACAUACGAAAUAGUACUGAAGGAUAAAGCAUUCUUGGGAGUUCUAAACUGGGCAGCCCUGCUUGUUGACGAGGCUCACCGAUUAAAGAAUGAUGAUUCUCUUUUGUACAAAGCACUGUCCGAAUUUCAUACUAAUCAUAGGUUACUUAUUACUGGGACGCCAUUACAAAACAGUUUGAAAGAGUUAUGGGCACUGCUACACUUUAUUAUGCCAAAUAAGUUCAAUUCCUGGGAGGAGUUCGAGAAGGAGCACGAUAAUGCUGCCCAAAAGGGUUAUUCCAAAUUGCACAAACAACUUGAACCAUUUAUUUUACGUCGCGUCAAGAAGGAUGUGGAGAAAUCAUUGCCUGCAAAAGUUGAGCAAAUAUUACGUGUUGAGAUGACUUCUCUUCAGAAGCAAUACUACAAAUGGAUUUUGACUAAGAAUUAUAACGCUCUUCGUAAGGGCGUUAAAGGUUCCACUGCGACAUUCUUAAAUAUUGUUAUCGAAUUGAAAAAGUGUUGCAAUCAUGCCUUCCUGACGAAACCUACAGAAAAUGAAAAAAGGGAGAGCAACGAGGAUUAUUUGCAACAACUUAUACGUGGCUCGGGAAAGCUUGUACUGUUGGAUAAACUACUGGUACGAUUACGGGAAACAGGUCACAGGGUUUUAAUAUUCAGUCAAAUGGUCAGGAUGUUAGAUAUUCUUGGAGAGUAUCUACAAAAGAGACACUUUCCAUUCCAAAGACUCGACGGAAGCAUAAAGGGUGAACUCAGAAAGCAGGCAUUGGAUCAUUUCAACGCUGAUGGAUCACCAGAUUUCUGUUUCUUAUUGUCCACACGUGCUGGUGGUCUUGGUAUUAACUUGGCUACAGCUGAUACAGUUAUUAUCUUUGACUCCGAUUGGAAUCCUCAGAAUGACUUGCAAGCUCAGGCUAGGGCGCAUCGUAUUGGACAAAAGAAUCAGGUUAAUAUAUAUCGGUUAGUAACAAAAAAUUCAGUGGAGGAAGAGAUUGUAGAACGUGCAAAGCAAAAAAUGGUACUAGACCAUUUGGUUAUUCAACGGAUGGAUACCACUGGGCGAACUGUGCUCGAUAAAAAAAGUGCCGCCACCAACAAUACUCCAUUUAACAAGGAAGAUCUUAACGCCAUCUUAAAAUUCGGCGCUGAAGAAUUAUUUAAGGAUGAAGAAGACGGAGACGAGGAACCUACCUGUGAUAUCGAUGAAAUUUUGAGACGAGCGGAAACGAGAGACGAAGCACCAGCGACAGUUGGAGAUGAAUUACUUUCGGCGUUUAAAGUUGCCAGUUUUGCUGCCUUCGAGGAAGAAUCUGAGCCAGUUGCUCAGCCCAAUGAAAACGACGAUGAAAGCAAAGAUUGGGCGGAAAUUAUCCCUGAAAAUUUCAGGAUAAAAGUUGAGGAGGAGGAGAAAUCUAAGGAAAUGGAGGAUCUGUACCUUCCACCAAGAAGUCGGAAAACAUUGCAACAAAUUAAUCAAUCUGGCGAAGAAGGAAGAGGUAGGAAACGGAAGAAGACAUUAGGCGACGAUAGCGAGGAUGCUGAGGAGUCUGGUAGUGACGUAGAUGGCAGUGAUGAUGAUAGACCGAAGAAACGAGGUAGACCCAGAGUGACACCUCGUGAAAAUAUGAAGAGUUUCACUGACGUUGAAAUCAGACGAUUUGUAAAGAGUUACAAAAAGUUUGGAGCACCACUGAAGCGCUUAGACGAUAUCGCAGCAGAUGCUGAGUUGCAAGAGAAGCCAAUGUCUGAGUUGCGCUAUCUUGGAGAACAACUCAGGUCAAGAUGUGAGGCUUGCAUAACGGAGUUCGAGAGUACUGCCAAGGAAAAUAAGGCUGGUGAAGAAGAGGGCAGGGGACCAGGUCGCAAAAGAGGAAGAGGUCCUACAUUUAAAGUUGGUGGCGUUAUGGUCAAUGCAAAAUCUCUCUCUGCUGCUGAAAAGGAACUUGAACCUCUAGAUCAAGCAUUACCAUCUGACUCUGAACAACGAGCCAACUGGCAUCUUGAUGUGAAAUUGAAACCUGCCAACUUUGACUGUGAUUGGAAUUCCGAUGAUGACUCUAGAUUGUUAAGGGGUAUCUAUCAACACGGAAUGGGAUCUUGGGAAGCCAUUAAGAUGGAUGCCACACUGAAACUUGGCGAUAAAAUUCUACCCAAUGAUUGUAAACCGCAAGUGAAACAAUUAAAUGCACGUGCUGAGUAUCUUCUUAAGGUUCUUAAGAAGCAGAUGGACCUGAAAUUAGGACUGACACGAACAAGGAAACCUCGGAAACCUAAAGAAGUGAAAACAGCGAUCACUAAAGAAAUAAUUGAAGACAAUGAUAGCUCAGGUGAUGAAAGUAAAAAAUCGAAACCAAAAGUUGACAAGCAGCUCGUGAAAAAGGAAGAAGAGUUCGUUUUGAAAAGAGAAAUUAAAGAAGAGAGUGAUGCUGCCUGCGAAGAAAAAAAGAAAGAGAAGAAAGUAAAGAAAGAAAAGAAGGAGAGUAAGAAAAAUAAAAAGAACAAGCAGCCAGUUGGACCGAUGCACUUUACAGCUAACAAUGAACCCAGAGCUCUGGACGUCUUGGGCGAUUUAGAUCCUUCGAUAUUCAACGAGUGCAAGGAGAAAAUGAGACCUGUGAAGAAAGCCUUAAAGGCCCUGGAUAGACCAGAUCAGUCAUUAAGUGAAGCAGAUCAGGUGGCUCAUACUCGCCAAUGUCUCGUUCAAAUUGGAAAUCAGAUCAACACAUGCCUGUCGGAGUAUAAGGAUCCCGAGCAAAUAAAAGAAUGGCGUAGUAAUCUAUGGUACUUCGUAUCCAAGUUCACGGAAUUUGAUGCGAAGAAACUUUAUAAAUUGUACAAACAUGCGACGAGGAAAGGUGACCAUAACGUCAGUGCAUCGUCCAGUCCUGAGAAAAAGGAAGAACCCAUAAAUCCAAAGAAAUAUGAAAAGCAGUAUGAUAAACAUAUCGAAAAACACGCGACAGACGGUAGCAGUAAAGAUUCUCGAUCAAUAAAACGUAGAAUCGAAGAUAUGGAUGAAAAUAUAAAUAACAGUCAUCCAAAUAAAAAAUAUCCAACGUCUACCUCUAUGGUUGGUAGUAGUACCACUACCGUCACGACUGGUUCAGUAACAAUUACUCCAGUUACGUCAACACCAAACUCCACAUCAAGUACUACGAAUAGUGUUGAGACUCCAAGACAAAAAGAGCCAAAGGAGUCCAAGCAUAAGGAUAUUAAACGGGAAAGGGAUAGGGAUAGAGAUAGAGACAGAACGCACAGUGAUAGAGGAAUGGAUAGAUUAAGUGGGGGUAAAGAUGAGAGGACUAGAAGGGAUAGUGGUGGAUAUAACAUGACUGGUCAUUAUAGUGGGAGUCGUGAAGAUGAUCAUUGGAUGUCGAGAGACGGAAGGGAUCCUCGCGAUGGCAGGUUUGGAGAUCAUAAACGUGAAAGGUUUGAAUCUUACGGACGAAUGUCUAGUGGAUAUCACAGGGAUCGAGAAAGGGAUCGAGACCGUGGUAUGCACAUAAACGACAAGAGAAGUGACUAUUACAGAUAUCCGCCGGGUCCACCGAGUUAUGGAUAUGGAGGUCCAGGUGGUUAUAGCAGCGGUGGCGGAGGUGGUGGUUAUCCACCUUCGGAUAUGCCUCCAAGUCAUUAUAGAGGACGAACUUAUCCUGGUGACGGCUAUCCCAGUGAUUGGCGGCCGAGCAAAGAUUACAGACGCGAUUACGAUAGAAGACCUCCACCGCCAAAUGCCAACUCCUAGUGCUCCUUCCUCGCCACCGUCCUCGAGUGUGUUGUUAACCGGUUAUAAUUUUUCUAUAACCUUACAUUAUGCUGUUCUGACUGACUGUGCACCGCGAAUCGUGCUCCGCACUAAUGGAAACGUGGCUAGACUAUGAAGUCUCAUUAGCCCUUCCUUAAUGGCGCUGAAGUUACUCGUGGGCCGUAGCCGUGUAAAAGAAAAAGAAAAACAGAAAAAGAAAUCUAUUCCGAUGCUUAUCCAAUCGCAGAUAAUUUUAACGUGAUCAGGUCUUUUUGAAAGGCCCCUUAUUUACGUAUAGGUUGGUGGACAGUUCACGAAUGAAAAUAUAUGAAUAGUACAUAAUACAUUUUUAUAUACUCGAGUUUGUGUAAAGUGUCGAUAACAGUGAAACAGAUUUUUAAGUUUAUAUUUGGUAACUUAUGUCGCACGAUGAAAAAAAUGAAGUAACUGACAACAGUGAUGAGUCUCUAUUUGCCCCAAUUGUAUCGUAUUUCGAUCGGUUUAUUAUUGUGCAAUUCUGUCGGGGUAUAUUAAUUACUCGUGUCGUUAAAUAUUAAGAAAUGAUUGUGUUUCUGUAAAUGCGUGUAAUGUUUCUGGUCGAUGGUCCGUGAAUUACAGUAAGAAAAAUGCCUUCCUUUCCGAUAGCUUCAAAACGUGUACAAUUAAUUAAUUUUUGCAUUUUGAGUACCCACUACCAACUUUCAGUUUACGAGUAAAUUACAAUAAUAACGCAUAUAUCUUACAUCUAUUUUCAUGGAUCUUCAUAAUUAAUUUUUGAUGGUAUAAUUCCGAGCAAUGGAAACUUGUAAAUGUUACAAAAUGCAUUUCCUCAUUAAUAACGUAAGCUUAAUCUGUAACUUAACAGAGAUAGAUUUAUUUAAUUAACUAACAACUUAUUGCUCCAUCAAGAUAGAUGUAAACUCGAUUAAAAUUGUUUUGUGCAGCGUUGUCGUCAGAUAUUCUGUCAUUGCAAAUGAAAAUAAUAUUAAACUGCUGUUAACAUGUUUAGUAUCACAUAAUUCAGCCACAAAUUAGAUUUUAUAUUAAGAGAAAAAAAAAGUAUGUAUAUUAUGCUGAGAACAGGACCAGAAAGAACUCACUCUUUUCGAAUAAUAAUAUGGCAUUCGGCACAGUCCACUUCAUAGUACCAAAACUGAAAUCAUGCAUGAAAUUAUGUGGAUAAUGAAUCAUCAUUAAUGACAAGAAAUAUUAUGACUUAAAUAUUUCGAAUGAUUAUUAAGUUGUUAUAAAGGAACAUCAACUACGGUAUUGCCUUUACUUCUUUUUUUGUUUACCGUAAACUCAUUCUGCUACAAAUCACGUUCCUAUUUUAUGCACUGAAUUUCUGGUCAAAGAUAGAAUUAUCAAAUUUAAGUACAUCAAGGACAUGUUAUUUCUGUCCUAAAUCAGAACACGGAGCGCUUCACUUUUUUGUAUAAUCUACGUCGAUGAAAGUAUGGAAUAACUUUGUAUUUGUUGAAAACGAAACACCGUAAGGUUAACAAAAUGUACGUUUGGCGAUAUAAGCGAACAUUUUUCCCUUCAUAAUGGGUAUAAUACCUUCGUAUUAUUUCCUGCACGCUAUGCCUUUAUUAGAGUGUGUAAAGCAUAAAUUAUUUUGUAGAUUAUUAUUAUUACUAUAAUUACACAAAACCAAGCUAAUCAGUUUAUGGUCAAUAGUUAAAACCUCUUACAAUUUUUAGUGUGCAUUUGUGUAAAUAAUAGAAUAGAAUAUAUUAAGUAAGAAAGACAUGGCCACGAUCACAAAGAAUCAUAAUGGUAAUAUAUAAGUAACGUGUUUAAAUGUAUUAAACACUGUACGAGAAAAGGAAUGUGUAAGAAUCACAGCCUGAUAGAAAAUCUGCUAGUUUAGAUUUUUAUUUUUUGAGAUAAAAGUUCAAUACACGAUGGUAGCUCAGCCGUUUAUAAUUUAUUACUAGCUGAACACAAAUCAUGAAUAGUAAGGAGAAAAAACAAUGGAAAAAACAUGCUGUAUAUAUAAAUAAGUAAAUAAAGUAAUUAAUGAUAUAGUAAGAUAUAUAGUCUAACAGUCGAUAUAUCGUAUUAUAAAAAGCAGAUAGCAUCAUGAUAUAAUAGGAAUGUAUUUUAUCUAUCUUUAUUGUAGAUUAUUAAAUAUUUCUGGAAAUACA